AUGGAGAUGGUGGGAGGCUGCUGCGUAUGUUCCGACGGAAGGGGCUGGGCCGAGCCGCUGGUCUACUGUGAUGGGCAAUGCAGCGUGGCUGUCCUGGAGGCCUUGAGGGGCUUGCUAUGGCAUCGUCAGGUGCCAACGGAACCCUGGUUCUGCCGGAAGUGUGAAUCUCAGGGCGAGCAGCCAGGGAGGGGGCUGUGUGAGCUGUGCCCACACAAGGCGGGCGUGAAGAGGACUGAUAAUGGAGGCUGGGCCCACGUGGUAUGUGCCCUCUACAUCCCGGAGGUGCAGUUUGCCAACGUGCUCACCAUGGAGCCCAUGCAUUGGACCUGCUACAUCUGCGAGGAGCAGGGCCGGGAGAGCAAGGCAGCCUCAGGAGCCUGUAUGACCUGUAACCGCCACGGAUGUCGGCAAGCUUUCCACGUCACCUGUGCCCAAAUGGCAGGCCUGCUGUGCGAGGAGGAAGUGCUGGAGGUAGACAACGUCAAGUACUGCGGCUACUGCAAAUACCACUUCAGCAAAAUGAAGACAUCCCGGCAUGCCAGCGGGGGCGGCGGAGGAGCAGGAGGCGGUGGUACAGGGGCAGGUGGCAGCGGCUUUAUUGCUGGCCGGAGAAGCCGGUCAGCCUCUCCGUCCACCCAGCAGGAGAAGCACCCUUCCCACCAUGAAAGGGGCCAGAAGAAGAGUCGAAAGGACAAAGAACGCCUUAAACAGAAGCACAAGAAGCGGCCUGAGUCACCCCCCAGCAUCCACACCCCGCCUGUGGUCCCCACUGCUGACAAGUCUCCCCACGUGUCGGGGUCCGGGGCCUCAGCAGCCACCCACAAGCGGAUGCCCACACUGAGUGCUGCCCCUGCACCUGCUGAGGAGACCCCCGAGACAGGCCUGAAGGAGAAGAAGCACAAAGCUAGCAAGAGGAGCCGACAUGGACCAGGACGUCCCAAGGGCAGCCGGAACAAGGAGGGGGCUGGGGGUCCAGCUGCUCCCUCGCUGCCCAGUGCCCAGCUGGCUGGCUUUACUGCCACUGCUGCUUCACCCUUCUCCGGAGGUUCCCUGGUCAGCUCUGGCCUGGGUGGUCUGGCUUCCCGCACCUUUGGGCCUUCAGGGAGCCUUCCCAGCCUGAGCCUGGAGUCUCCCCUGCUAGGGGCAGGCAUCUACACCAGUAAUAAGGACCCCAUCUCCCACGGCGGCAGUGGUGGAAUGCUGCGAGCUGUCUGCAGCACCCCCCUCUCCUCCAGCCUGCUGGGGCCCCCAGGGACCUCGGCCCUGCCCCGCCUCAGCCGCUCCCCAUUCACCAGCACCCUCCCCUCCUCCUCUGCUUCUAUCUCCACCACUCAGGUGUUUUCUCUGGCUGGCUCUACCUUUAGCCUUCCUUCUACCCACAUCUUUGGAACCCCCAUGGGUGCCGUUAACCCCCUCCUCACCCAGGCCGAGAGCAGCCACACAGAGCCAGACCUGGAGGACUGCAGCUUCCGGUGUCGGGGGACCUCCCCCCAGGAGAGUCUGUCUUCCAUGUCCCCCAUCAGCAGCCUCCCCGCACUCUUUGACCAGACAGCGUCUGCAUCCUGCGGGGGCAGCCAAUUAGACCCAGCAGCCCCCGGAACAACUAACAUGGAGCAGCUGUUGGAGAAGCAGGGCGACGGCGAGGCCGGUGUCAACAUCGUGGAGAUGCUGAAGGCACUGCACGCGCUGCAGAAGGAAAACCAGCGGCUUCAGGAACAGAUUCUGAGCCUGACGGCCAAGAAGGAGCGGCUGCAGAUUCUCAACGUGCAGCUCUCUGUGCCCUUCCCCGCCCUGCCUGCCGCCCUGCCUGCCGCCAACGGCCCAGUCCCUGGGCCCUAUGGCCUGCCUCCCCAAGCCGGCAGCAGCGAUUCCUUAAGCACCAGCAAGAGCCCCCCGGGGAAGAACAGCCUUGGCCUGGACAACUCUCUGUCCACGUCUUCCGAGGACCCACACUCAGGCUGCCCCAGCCGCAGCAGCUCGUCGCUGUCCUUCCACAGCACGCCCCCACCGCUGCCCCUGCUCCAGCAGAGCCCUGCUACUCUGCCCCUGGCCCUGCCCGGGGCCCCUGCCCCGCUCCCGCCCCAGCCGCAGAACGGGCUGGGUCGGGCACCGGGGGCAGCGGGACUGGGGGCCAUGCCCAUGGCUGAGGGGCUGUUGGGGGGGCUGGCGGGCAGCGGGGCCCUGCCCCUCAAUGGGCUCCUGGGGGGGUUGAAUGGGGCUGCCGCCCCCAACCCUGCGGGCUUGAGCCAGGCUGGCGGGGCCCCCACGCUGCAGCUGCCAGGUUGUCUUAACAGCCUAACCGAGCAGCAGAGACAUCUCCUGCAGCAGCAAGAGCAGCAGCUUCAGCAGCUCCAACAGCUCCUGGCCUCCCCACAGCUGACCCCGGAACACCAGACUGUUGUCUACCAGAUGAUCCAGCAGAUCCAGCAGAAGCGGGAGCUGCAGCGGCUGCAGAUGGCCGGGGGCUCCCAGCUGCCCAUGGCCAGCCUGCUGGCAGGAAGCUCCACCCCGUUGCUGUCCGCGGGCACCCCUGGCCUGCUGCCCACGGCGUCUGCCCCACCUCUGCUGCCCGCCGGAGCCCUGGUGGCUCCCUCGCUUGGCAACAACACGAGUCUCAUGGCUGCAGCAGCUGCGGCCGCAGCAGUAGCAGCAGCGGGCGGACCUCCAGUCCUCACUGCCCAGACCAACCCCUUCCUCAGCCUGUCGGGGGCGGACGGCAGUGGUCCCAAAGGAGGGACCGCUGACAAAGGAACCUCAGCCAACCAGGAAAAAGGCUAA